CUCCUGAGUGUGUCUGUCAGGCACGGCUCGCUUCGGCCGCCAUUUUUAGCAGCACUAAUAUUACAUAACAAUUAAACUUGUGUAGCUCGUCGGAAGGGCACGACAGUAUAAAGGGAGUAAUGACGGCCUGAACGAGAACGUGUGCAUGAAGGUUGCAGAACCUCGCAAGUAUGAGCAAAGUACGGUGAGACCACUAGAGGGCGGAAUUUCUUGCAGCAGCAUCACAAAUUACUUAUUUUGACAUGGACUUAGAAGUUUCGAGGUGUUAUAAUGUUUUAGUGUCGCUUUCUAAUGUGAAUUAAGAUUUUAACAGUGGUUUUCAGACGGAUAGACGUGUCCUGAUGCAGACCAACAUGCACAUGGAGGCCCUUCAUUUUUUGACGUAUAUAAAUUUAAUAUCAUCCCAGUUUAAUCAACUUGUUUUCCUGCUCGCCCUUUCUUGUCCACUUGACACUAAAACAAAAAACAAAAAAUUCAAAUGGAAAGCGCGUGACUCCUUGUGGCGAUCCUGUGAGCACAGGCGCGCUCCCGCCACAGACAUUUCCGCGUGCUCGCAAUGUUUUUGAGAGGGGCAGCGCUCCAUCCGAGGCGUGACAACGGAGGCGCGUUCACGUGGUCGCCACCGGCUCCUGCGCUGAAAGAGAGGCAGAAAGCAUCAUCAAAACAGUGGCGAGCAGCUUCCUCUGCCCUGAUAUCAAAGGCACAACAGGGGGAUUCAGAGGUUAAAUUAAAAAAAAAGAAAGACAACAGCGAAGAGAGAGAGGGAACCAGAGGAGGCUGUGCGCCAAGGAGCCUGUCAGGGACGUGCAUCCAUCCGUGCAGAAGCAGCCGUAGUAGUGGCAAGAGCAGAUUCGGGGAUUUUCCGUGUCCCGGUGCUCCACACACACCCCUGUGCCUUUGAACCAGCAGCGGGGAGGAGAGGGGGACCAGAGAGGAGGCUGUGCAGAGAGGAGGAGGACCAUGGAGGGGAUGCAGGCAUACGGAGCCGGGAAAGCCGGAGGAGCCUUCGACCCCGUCACCUUCUUCCAGCAGCCUCAGACCGUUCUCCGCAUAGUGUCUUGGCUCUUCUCCAUCGUGAUCUUCGGCUGCAUCGCCAACGAGGGCUACAUCAACCGCCCCAAUGACGCGGAGGAGCACUGCAUCUUCAACCACAACCAAAACGCCUGUAAUUAUGGCGUCUUCAUGGGCUCCAUGGCCUUUCUCUGUUGCGUGGCCUUCCUGGCUCUGGACGUCUACUUCCCCCAGAUCAGCAGCGUCAAAGACCGCAAGAAGGCCGUGCUGGCUGAUAUUGGGGUGUCAGCGUUCUGGUCCUUCAUGUGGUUUGUGGGUUUCUGUUUCUUGGCCAAUCAGUGGCAGGUGACCAAGCAAGAGGAUAACCCCCUGAGAGAGGGAGGGGACGCUGCCCGGGCAGCCAUCACCUUCUCCUUCUUCUCCAUCUUCACCUGGGCGGGCCAGUCCUUCCUGGCCUUCCAGAGAUACAAGCUGGGGGCCGACUCGGCCCUCUUCUCCCAGGACUACACGGACCCCAGCCAGGAUGCAGCCGGAGCCCCCUACACCUCCUUCGGCGGGGACGACCUGGAGAGUCCGGGAGGAGGAGGAGGGGGUCAGGCCAACAGCGACGGGGGCUUCGACGGCAGCGGAGGCUACCAGCGUCAAGACUACUGAGACGUCGGGGGGGAUCUGGAUGAAGUUGCCCAAAGUUUCUGCUUUGAAGUAAUAUCUGUAUUGUUUCUGUCACACUAUAAAUCACCAAACGGAGCCAAUUUGGGCACGGUGCUGGCUUAACUUUACACAACACCAAAUGGCUGUUUUGAUAAAAAGCGUUGCACUGAAACUUGCAAAUUUAUUGUUGUGUGUACAAAACAGCGUCCAUGUAACGUUCAAAACUGCAAAGAAUACUCUUAUUAGUGAUGAUUACAAUCAAACAGCGGCGCGUACAUUUGAAAAGAGGGACACAGUUUGCAGACAAACAGUAUUUAGUUUGGCUAAGUGGUGUCAUUUAAACCAAACACUAACACUGGAUGGUUUUUAUCCAUCAAUGUAAGAUCAAGUCAACCCAGUCAGUUUUGCUACGAGAACCUGGCUAUGUGUGUGAUCUUAAAUGGAAUAUACUAACCACGGGGAAGACAUUUGUAUCUGUAAUUUGGCUGAUUUCCAUCUGUUUGUGUAGGAUAAAUAACUAUUUGUGUCAGAAAUCUUGGGCAUCUUUCCAGAUUUUGGGAGGUAUGAGCUGGGAGCAGGACAAAAUCUCAGUUAGGUGUCUAUAGCCGAAUAACAUCAGGCGGUUCAGGACAUCCGUGGGAAGGGGCUGCGGGAGAGACGCUGCAGGUGUUCAGGCGGGUCGGGGGGACUUAAGAAUCAGUCGGUAGGUCAAAGGGGGUUUUGCAGAAAUGGUCACCCUGUAGCAGAUCGAUGCUCGUGACCACAUUGCCUUUAUGUUCUAAGAUCUGCUGUCAGUCAGCAAAACGACUUUGAUCAGUGAAACACCCUCAAACACACACACACGGAGCCAUAGCACAGGUUCACAGCAUAUUGAUUUUAAACAGAUCAAAGUUUCUGCUGAGAGAACUCCUUAGUGGUGCAUUACAGGAUAUCAGCGUAGACAAACAGGCAGCAGUGGCAUAUCUGGCAACUAAUCCCCUCGACUGUCAAAUGAGAGUGGGCUUGUCUGAAUUUUAUCUGUUUUCUGUUUUUCCUUGGUGUGUGGAUGUGGGACAGUGUGUGUGUCUGUUUUCUUGUUUCCCUAAAAAAAAGCUGUUGUGUUUCCUCAAUUGUUGCCUUAGUGCUAACUGCCAAGCAAAACUCCUACAACUAUAGGUCCACAUGUACCCGACACACACAUGAUCACAGUUCUCUUUCAGCAUCUUUAAUGCAAACGUAUAGCUAAUUGAAUUUUUUUCCCUCCCAUUUUCGUCCUCAAGCACGUAAAACCCCCGUAACAAAACUAAGCAUUCGUCAUGAUAAUAGAGCAUCCUAAAUAACACAGAUGUUACAGAUUCUUACAAGCAGGUCGACAGAAAACCUGUGACGUAUUUAUUUAUUGAAAUUUCCACUUUUUUUUUUCAGUAAAUCUACAGAUGAGGCAACCAUAAACAUCCUGAGUAUUUAUGCAUUGCUCCAUUUUCUUAAAGAAUAAAGUAUAACUAUCUCUCUAUAAAUAUGUAAAUCUAUAAUUCAAUAUAUUACAGUGUUUGAAAAAAAUAUGCUUUAUUUUAGGGCAUUAUGCUAGUUCUGUAUAAAAAAAAAGAAAAGACUAAAGAAAGAAGACCUAUGAUGUGUUAAGUGUUGUUGUGAUAAGAUAUAUGGUGAGGCUAUCCAGACCUCAUCCUUUAUGUUGCUUUCAGGGUAAGGAGAUGUUUUUAUUUUGGGAUAACAAUACUAACUAUAUUAAAAAAAAAAAAAUACAGCAACAACAAAAAAUACAAAAAAAAAUGUGACCAAAUUAUCAAAGUAUAUAUGCACAUAUAUACUUUAAACUGUACAUCCGUGUAGACGUAGAAAUGUGUGAUGUUCCUCUGUGAAAUCCGUUUAAAACAGCAAGGUAAGAUCUAAGAAAAAGAUUGUGUACAAAUGUAUGUUUUUGAUGUGUUCAAUUUUAACCAAUAAAAAUAAAGAAAAAAAAA